AACAACAACAAGAAGAAGAAACCCAUAGGCACGGCAAAGCCGAAGAAGAAGAAGCAGCAGCAGCAGCAGCAAAUAAAUAGCAAUUUCGACUAAAUAAAGUAUCCAAAUCGCCGCCACUUCAAUCGCGUCAACGUUUUCCGUCUUUUCCCGUGACGCAAAAAACAAAAAAAAAAAAAAAAACAAAAAACAAAAAACAGAAGAAGAAAAUACAAACAAAAGUCAAAAAAUAAAAUACAAACAUUUGGCCACACGCUGCACGGCGCACAGCGUUGCCACUUGUUGAUUUUGUUUGUUUUUGUUAUUGGUUUUGUUUUUGUUUCUGCAUUGCUUUGUUUUUAUUUUUUGUUGCGGGUGUCCGCUUUGAAGUCCAAUGCCGCCGCAACGGGAACGCGGAUAAAUAACGGCAGUGCGACGCUAGAGAGGAGAAGAUCUGGCAUGCAGCUGGCUGGCUGGCCGGCUGGCUGCUCACACGCCUCCUCCUCUAACUCCGAUUCCAGCUCCAGUUCCAGCUCCAGCUCCAGCUCCAGCUUCAGCUCCAGUUCCGAUUCCAAUACCAAUUCCAAUUCAAAUUCCACACAUAACUAUACGUAUCACGACGGGGGCAACAGCUUCUAUUACAAUUCCUAUCGCAUAUCCUGAUCUCCAGCAAAUUCAACAUGGACGCCGAGAUAUGCAAUCCGCAAUUAUGCCGCAUUUGCAUCACAUCGCACACAAACUCUAUGCAAAUGAUAUCCAUAUUUGGCGAGGAUUCGCUUUGGCAAAAGAUCACCACAUUGGCGGAUGUUAAGAUCGCCAAGAAUGACACAUUGCCGCAACAGGUGUGCGUAAACUGUGCCAAGACGGCCAUCUCGGCGUGUUUGUUCAAGAAGAAGUGCGAGGAUGCGGACAACUUUUAUCGCCAGCAGCUGCUGAUCAAGAAGAUCGAGGGGCAUACGGGCGAGCUGAACGUCGAGACGGUGCUCGACCAGCCGGCGCCGGAUCCACCGCCAGCCGCCGAAUGCCUCCUAACAGCUGCCGGUCUUCCGGCGAGAAGCGGCAGCAGCAGCAGCGCCAGCGGCAGCGGCAGUGGCAGCGCCAGCAGCAGCGGCGGCGGCAGCAGCAGCAGCAGCAGCGGCGGCAGCAGCUCAGACGACGACGAGGAGGAGGACAAUGCGAAUGGCGUAACCGAACCGGAUCCGGAUCCGAAUGGCAAUGUUAACGACAGCGAUGCAGUCGAGGCACGGCCCCAGAAUGGGCACGUCAACAGCAAUGGCCAUCAGCAGAUCACAGAGCAGCGGCGGGAGGAGCAGCAGCCGAAGCAGCCGAAACAGGAGGCCGAUGCACUGCAGCAAGUUGACGAGCCACAAAGUCUGGCGCUUGAACUCCAGCAACAGCAACAGCAACAGCUGCAGCAGCAGCAGCAGCAGCAACAGUUGCAGCAGUUGCAGCAGGAGCCGCACGAGGAUGGCGAAAUGCCGGAGCACAUGCCGUUCAAUUCGAUACGCCUGAUGCAGGAGUAUAUGCAGCAGCGCAUGAACAAGUUUCCCAAUGGCAAUGGGCAUGUGUUGGGUGCCGGCGGUCACAACGAUGUGGAUGAUGACAAUGACGAUGAUGACGACGAGGACGAGGACAUGACAUUGCCAUUGAUACCAGAAAUUGAGCUGAUAACACCCUCGGAUCCGGACCCGGAACCGUCCGGCGGCAUGAUGCCCGGCAGCGAUACAGAUGCACCCGCCGGUCUGGCCAAUGGUGCUGUCGCCGGCGCUGUCCAUGGUUCAGCCGGCAUCGGCGUCGGAGUCGGUGGCUUCCAGUGUCCGCACUGUUACCUAAUCUUCGAGAUGAAGCAGAUACUCAAGGCGCACAUGCAGAGCGUGCACGGCGCACCCGGACCCGUCUACGAGUGCACCAAUUGCCGCAAGACCUACUUCUACAAGCGUUUCCUCGAGAAGCACAUCCGACGUGGUCGUUGCGUCAAGAAGCGACGCAAUCAGACCCGGCCGAUGCAGUGCUCCGAUUGCCAUGUCCUCUUCCCCACCGGCCAUCAUCUGGGAUGGCACAAGCGCACCGGCUGCCCAUCCAAGGCGGCCAAAAUGCCCUUGCAGCAGCUCUUCAAGCAGAAUAUUGUGCAGUUCAACAACUUUCCGAAGCGCGUGGUGCCGCGCAAGCCGCCGCCGCCGCCGCCGGACAAUGCUGCACUGCAUCUGAACAAUCGCAAGCUGGGCCUGACGAACAAGCGCAAGGGACGCACUCGCAUCAAGCUGGACGCCAAGAAGAUCGCCCUGGCCAAGCAGCUGAUCUUGCGCGAGGCAACCACCACAGUGAUUGCCAAUGAGCUUAACAUCUCGCGCACCUUCGCCUGGCGUUUGCGCAAGAGUCUCGUGAACGGUGUCAGCCUGCACGAGCGCGUCGUCGAUCAGGCUCUCGAGGAGCACCAGCACCAGCAGCAGCACCAACAGCAGCAGCAACAGCUCCAGCAUCAACAGCAACAGCUGCAGCUGCAACAGCAGCAGCAGCAGCUGGAGCUGGAGCAGCACGAACGCCAGCUGCUGGAAGAGCAGGAGCGCCAGCAGCAGCAGCAGCAGCAGCUAACGUUGCCAUAUGGCCAUCUGGGCCUGGGCCUCAUCAAGGAGGAGCAAAUGGACAGCGACGAUGAGCAGCACGCGCCGCUCACCAUUCUUGACCAGCUUGAGCCCGACGACAUCAAUGGCCAGAUCGAGUGCGAACACGAUCGGGAUCGGGAUCGCGAGCUCGAUGGCGAUGCCGAUACCGAUGCUGAUGGCUUGGUCGAGGGCGAGGGCGAGGGCGUGGGCGUGGGCGAGAAUGAUGGCAUUGGCGAUAUUGGCGCCGAGGAAACGGCCGGCUAUGCUGGCGACGAUGAUGUCUGCGGCCUGCUGCACAACGGCUACGAUAUGCGCGCCCAGCUGGAGGAGCAUAGCCCCCUGGCCGAGUGCGCCGAUAUGGACCAUGAGCUGCACUCCAAGCGCGCCAUUUCCCUAUCACCGACACCCAUGUUGCCGGCACGCGCCGAUGUCGAAGCCUAUCAGCGACUCCUGGCCGAAACGCAUCGCUUUCCGCACAUUGUCAAUGCCCAGCAGCUGCAGCUCCAGCAACAGCAGCAACAGCAGCAGCAGCAGCAGCAACAGCAACAGCAACAGCAGAAGGUCGCCCACAAUGGAACGCUGCCCAUGUUGACGCGCUAUCCGCCCGCCGUUGUGGCGGCCAAUCAUGCUUUGCCCGUCAACUUGUCCCUGCGCUCGCUGCCGCCCAUCAACAGCAAUGAGAGCAAUGGCAGCUCUGGCAGCAACCCGCAUCAUCAUCAUCAACAGCCGCAGCCGCAGCCACCGCCGCCGCAGCAGCAGCAGCAACAGCAGCCGCUAACGCAGAUCCAUCAGCCUGGCAAGAAGCCACGCAAGCCGAACGUCUUCAUUGAUGAUGAGAAAUAUGCCAUGGCCAAGCUGUUGGUCGCACAGAAUGCGUCCACCAUGGAGAUAGCGCGUGCCCUAAAUGUCUCCCAGAUGACGGCCUGGAAGGUGCGCGAUGCCAUACUGAAGGGCGUGCCGCUCUCGUAUCGCAACAAGCGCGCCGAGGGGCGUGACGAGGCGGCCGUCCAGGCUGCCAAGGAGCAGCAGCAACAGCAACAACAGCAACAACAGCAGCAACAGCAGCAACAACAGGAGCAACAGCAACAGCAGCAACGCCAUCAACAGGAGCUGCAGCGUCAGCAGCAGCUGCAAAUGGAGCUGAUCAAACAGCAGCAGCAAAAGCAACAGCAACAGCAGCGACAGCAGCAGGAAUUGCUGCUGCAACAGCAACAACAACAGCAGCAGCAGCAACAGCAACAGCAGCAGCAACUGCGUCAGACACCAGCGGACACAUCACAUUAUCAGCAGCAGCAGCAGCAGCAGACGCCGCCAUUGAAUGGUGGGAAAAUGUUGCAUCCGCGUCGCCGCUUGAAGGCCGCCGAGCGUGAGAUGCGCGACAAGGAGAUCACACGCGAAAUACUCGAGCUGAUCAAGGAGGACAGCAAUAUACAGUACUGGAAGGUGUCCGCACGCCUGGCCGAGAAGGGCAUCAAUAUAUCGCCGUCGUCCGUCUGCCAGAAGCUCAAGUCGAUGGGCAUACAUCGGCGCUGGAAGCCCGGCGACAAGCCGCCCAUGCUGGCCAUCAGUCAGUUCAAGGCGGCAACCGUUGCCGCUGCCGCCGCGGCGGCCACAUUGGCGGCGAAUGGCGCCAGCUUUGGUCUGCCGAAUGGCGUCAAUGUCGGCGUCGGCGUUGGCUCGAUGGUCGACGAUGUCUACGAGCAGCAGCAGUUCGAUAUGGGCGGUCCACAUUUUCUUAGUGCCUUUACGCGCUAGACGCCAAUAACGAUAACGAUAACGAUAACUAUAACGCUAAACAAACGCGAUAACAAUAAAUGUGACACUGACGAUAACGUUAACGAUAACCAGGACCAGUACCAGGACGACAACAAAGUGGCAUUCGAAACGCCAACAAAAAAUUAAUGAACAACAGGAUUAAAACAAUUUUUGAUAGCUUUGAUAUCGGCAUUGGUAACAAUAAGACUAACGAUGACGAUAACGAUAACGAUAACGAUGACAAAGACGAUAACGAUGACGAUCACCUGGAAGCUUUUACUAACAGUAACAUUUUUAAAUGUUAACUGAAACUUGAUUGACAACACGAUAACUACUGAAAUCUGACAAUUUUGUUAUCGAUAGCAGCGAUAACGAUGACUGAACGUGAAUAAUGAUAUCGAAAGCGAUUUAUUGACAAUAAAUUGCAACAAACACUUCGAUGUCGCAACGAUACCAAUCAGAACAACCGAAGAGCAACGUCCAUAGCGAUAACAACAUCUGUUACGAUAGCGUUAUCGGCAUCGAUACGCACAACGAUAUCGAUUGUUGUCGGCCCUUAACAACAAUGUUGGAAAUAACAAUGGAAACAUUGCCAACAAGAUCGAUAGGAAUAUCGAUAACGAUGACGACACAAUGGACUAAAGCAUCAGCGAUAACAAAAGACAAUGACUAAACAAUAACGUUAACUACGGUAACAGCAACAGCAGCUGUAACAGUAACAGCAACAAUAACUGUAACAGUAACAGUCGUACGCACAGUAACUGGGACUGUACCUGUAACAGUAACAGCAUGAGUUAAAGCCACAGUAACAGUAAGAAUGACAGCAACAGUAACAGUAACAAUAACAAUAACAAUAACAGUAACGGUAACACAAACAGUAACAGUAACAUCAACAGUUACAGUAACAGUAACAGCAACAGUAACAGUAACAGUUACGGUAAUAGAACAUUACCGAUAAUGGAGACGAUGACGACGAAGACAAUGCCUCCCGGUCCCGCCCAACGCACGUUCCCUAACUAUAUAAGUAUUACACGCAUAUGCAUACACAUACAUAUAUAUAAACACAUACACACACACUAAAAUACCCUCCCACACACACACACACACACCCAUGCACAGCAGUAAUAGAAACAACAACAAUUUGUAUUUUUUAUAUAGUAUUUAAAUGUGCAAAUCGCGCGCUGCAUAAAACUACAUCAAAUGUAUUCUAUACUAUA